AAUGAGCAAACACAGGAAAAUAAGCAGGUUAAUGGGCCGAGCCCAAAAAACCUGUUAAGAAAAAAGAAAAAGCUAUAAAUAGGAUCCAAAUUAGUGUUAGGGUUUUAGAUUAGGGUUCUUAUCAUUCGACGGAGCAGUCUAGCAUCUCAGCGAAGCGAAAAUGCCGUCACAUAAGACCUUCAUAAUCAAGAAGAAAUUGGCGAAGAAGAUGAGGCAGAACAGGCCUAUCCCUUACUGGAUCCGGAUGAGGACCGACAACACCAUCAGGUACAACGCUAAGCGUCGUCACUGGCGCCGCACCAAGCUUGGAUUCUGAGGUUUUUGCUUUGAUGCGAUAGAAUUCAUUAGUUUUUUUUGUUCUCUUUUUAAUUUGAGAUACAGUUUUUGUUAUGAAUUGUAAUGCCAUAUUUUGGAUUUUAUUUGUAGUCAAUUAAUGGUGUCAACACCUUUUUUAAAUCAAUUGGGAUUCUUUGCACUCUUA